GCAAGCAAUUGACAAGUGGGGAAACCAACACACAAUGUUUGUGCUCUUUGCUAAUCUCUAUUGAAUUCCAUUGUUUUAGCAUCUUAAUGGUCCUUUGGGGCAUCUUGUAGGGAGUUCAAACUUCUAAAUAUGUUGGAAUUUACUAGCAAAACAAAGCGAAUGACAGUAAUUGUAAGGGAUGAAGAGGGGCAGAUUCUUCUUUUGUGUAAAGGUGCCGACAAUAUUAUUUUUGACAGGCCAUCAAAGAACGGAAGUUUGUACGAGGAAGAUACCACAAGGCAUUUGAAUGAGUAUGGAGAAGGUGGAUUGCGAACGUUGGCACUGGCUUAUAAAAGGCUUGGGGAGUCUGAGUACUCUGCUUGGAAUGAUGAAUUUCAGAAAGCAAGAACUUCAAUUGGGGCAGGUAGAGAUGCAAUGCUUGAAAAUGUCACAGAGAUGAUGGAGAGGGAUUUGAUUCUCGUUGGUGCUACUGCUGUGGAAGACAAAUUGCAAAAGGGGGUACCCCAAUGUAUAGAUAGACUUGCACAAGCAGGUAUGAAGAUCUGGGUUUUGACAGGGGACAAGGUGGAAAAUGCUAUAAAUAUAGGAUAUGCUUGCAGUCUGCUUAGGCAAGGCAUGAAGCAGAUCUGUAUUACAGCCAUUAGUUCGGAUGAUAGAGAGGUAGUUAAGGAGAACAUAAUGUUGCAAAUUUCCAAUGCUUCACAAAUGAAUAAACACGAAAAAGAUCCACAUGCUGCAUUUGCAUUGAUCAUCGAUGGAAAGACUCUUGCAUAUGCCUUGGAAGAUGAUAUGAAACAACACUUCUUAGUCUUAGCUGUUCAGUGUGCAUCUGUCGUAUGCUGUUGUGUGUCUCCCAUCCUGUUCUAA